AUGUCUGCAAAAACAAUAUAGGGCUCUAGCAGUACAAUGAGAAGACAAAAUCAAAGCUCUGUGAUUGAAUUCAUCCUCUUGGGCUUCUGUAACUUUCCUGAACUCCAAAAGCAGAUCUUUGGGGUUUUCUUGGUCAUUUAUCUGGUGACCCUGAUGGGAAAUGUCAUCAUCAUAGCUGCCAUCUUGCUGGAGCAGACCCUCCACAUCACCAUGUACCUAUUUCUGCAGAAUUUAUCUGUGGUGGAGGUGAGUUUCAGUGUAGCCAUCAUGCCUGAAAUGCUGGUGGUUCUGACUACUGAGAGAACUAUAAUUUCUUUUGUGGCCUGUUUUGCACAGAUGUAUUUCAUUCUAUUUUUUGGUGUGACCAAAUGUUUACUGCUAGGGGCAAUGACUUAUGACCGAUGCUGCCAUCCUUGGACCUACCCCAUGAUUAUGAACAAGAGAGUGUUUGUGAAAUUAGUCAUGUUCUCAUGGGUCUCAGGGAUCAUGGUGGCUACUSUGCAGACCWCAUGGGUAUUUAGUUUUCCCUUUUGUGGCCCCAAUGAAAUCAAUCAUCUGUUCUGUGAGACUCCCCCAGUGCUGGAACUGGUAUGUGCAGAUACCUUCUUGUUUGAAAUCUAUGCCUUCACAGGCACCAUUUUGAUUGUUUUGGUUCCUUUCUUGUUGAUACUCUUUUCUUACUUUCGAAUUCUCUUUGCCAUCCUGAAGAUACCAUCAACAACUGGGAGGCAGAAGGCCUUUUCCACCUGUGCCUCUCAUGUCACAUCAGUCACCCUUUUCUAUGGCACAGCCAGUAUGACUUAUUUACAGCCCAAAUCCAGCUACUCACCAGCAACCAAGAAACUGAGGUCAUUGGCUUAUGCAUUGCUCACACCUCUGCUGAAUCCCCUUAUCUACAGCCUUCGAAACCAUGAGAUGAAAAGGGCUUUGGUGAAAUUAUGGCCGAGAGUGGUGGUUUUACAGUCUGACUUGUUGAGAAGCCAU